AUGCAGGAUAGUCUUCAGUACUGCAAAUCGGGGGAUUCUCCGCGCGCGCCGCCCGCGGUGCAGUCGCUGCGCAAGGAGGGCCUCCACGAGGGGUGGCACCGCCGCUCCGCGUCGCUCGGCAGCUCGCGCCUCGAGAUUGCCGACGACGACAUAGAGGACUUCCAAGAGGAGACCGAGAGCGCGCACGACGGUCAUCACGCGGACCACGAUCACCGCGCGUACAGGGAUCAUCGCGCGGACAGCGAACAGCGCGCAGAUCGAUGGCGACCGCCGAAGCAAGCCGCGCCCAGGCCAUCCCGCGCCUCUCCGCUUUCCGCCUCCCCGCUCUCCGCGUCGCCGCUAUCUCUUUCCCCCCUUUCCAUCCGCCACUCGGACGCGGGCAGUAUGGGCUCACCGCGCGCAUUGGGCUCCCCGCGUGCUGUCGGCUCCCCGCGCGCCGUGGGCUCUCCGCGCGCGAUGGGCUCUCCCCGGUCCGUUGGCUCUCCGCGAUCCGUGGGCUCCCCUCGGUCCGCACGACUGCGAGGCGCGGAAAAGGCUUGGGAUGCCGUGUCGCGGCAGGACUCGGUCCGCAGCACCGGCAGCCUUAAGGGCGACCGAGCCUCGCGCUCAGGCUCGGACUUUGGCGUGUCAGGUCCACGCCGCGUCAACAGCAUCAGCGGCGGGGGAACUGUAGCGCGCGUGCGCAGCGGCGGAGGAGCCGCAGGCCAUGAGGGGCCAGGGAACAAAGCUCAUUCUCCCCCUACCGGGUUUCCCCCGCGCCCCCGCGGGAUAAUGGUGAAAUCGUCUAGCCUAUCAGUAAGCUCACUCGAUCAGCCGUAUCGACGGUCCGUGUCGUUCGAUCUCAAAGAGGACGACGACGAGCCCGCGGGCUGCGUCCGAAGCGCGUCGAACCCCGCGCUUCUGCACGUGAGGAGCGGAACCGGCGCAGACGGGGGAAGGGCGGGGGAAAAGGGGGGGAUUGCGGGACGCCUCGAGGACGAUGUGGGGGAUGAUAGCUCCAGUAUAGACAGUCUCGAUUGGGAAGGGGAAGAGGAGGACGUGGGCGGAAGCGAGCAGGAGCAGGAGAAGCGCGAGCGGCUCUCUCACGCGGGGUUGACUCCGCGGGACUCCUCCGCGCAACCUUCCGUUCCGCGCAACCGCUUUCCGCAACACUUCGGCGCGCCCAGCGCUGCUGGUUCCAGCCGCGGGGGUCCCGACGGCGCGGCGUCAGGCGGUGCGCGCGGCGCGCACCGUCAGUCGCUUUCUUCCCCCGCGCACGACCUUGCGCCGCUCCCCCUCAGUUCCGCUUCGGGGGAAGCGGUGGUGGCGGGAACAGUGCUGGCUCCCCGUAGGCAGGUUAGGCAAUCGGAUUAUAGCGACGAGAGUGACAAUAGCGAGGGUGACGGUGGGGGGGAGGGGGGCCAGGGGCGGAAGGUUAGCGCGCGGGGCAGGUCCGCUGGUGUGGCAGGAGCCAGUUCCGCGCAAAUCAGCGCAGGGGGGAAGGACAGGGCGAUGGGGGGCGAGGGGCGGGGGAACAGGGGAGGGCAAGUGGGGGGAAGGGGCGCGGGGAGGGGUGGGGGAAGGGGAGGGACGAUCAGUGGCCCAUUUUCCCCAGAACAGCGGGUCAGACAACCUAAGAGAGACGGGGAAAGGCGAGCAGGAGGGCGGGUUGGCGGAGAAGCGGGAGGGGGGGACGUUGUGGCUGUUGGGGGGAGCGGGGGGGCGAUGGGGCAACCGUUUGUGAUGCAGUUUAAGGUGGCUGGGGUGCUGAGUGGGGAGGAAGAUGAGGAGGAUGAGGAGGAUGAGGAUGAGGAUGAGGUGGAAGAAGAAGACUUGAAUGAUUCAGAGCUUGAAAGGAGAGUGGGGAUACGGAGCACGGGGGAGAGAGCAGCGGGCGCACAGGCACGGGGAGGAGCGCCUGUGAAGGCAGCGGUGAGGGUUGAGAGGGCGGGGAGGGAAGGUGGGGGAAGUGCAGCGCGUGCAGAGGGGUGGCGCGCGCGGGAGGAGCGGGCGCGAGUGCUGGCGAGUGACAGUGAGGAUGCGAGUGACGAGGAGGAAACGGGACGAGGGGUGAGAGAGAGAGGAGGUGUGAGGGAGGGUGAGAGGAGGGGCAGCGAGGGCAUGAACUUGGAUAGGAGCGAUGGGCGGGGCAGUGCUAGUGUUGCUGGCAGUGCUCCUGGUGCUGUCAGUGCUGCCAGUGCUGCGAGUGCUGGUGGGUUUUGCAGUGAUCUGAGUGACAGCGAGGCGGAGGAGGAGGAGGAGCUGCGACAGCUGGCACGGGAACGGCAGCGGCUGCUGCAGGCGAAGCUCGGGCAGCAGAACCCCACGGCUUUUCACGAGAACGGGCUGCCCGAGAAAAAGGUUGGGGCUGUAAGCAGCCAGGGAGUAGCAGGCAGGGGGAGGGACGGGGAGGGGGCACUGAGCGAGGGGAAAAGCCGGGCGAAAGUGUCAAGUGUGGCAGGGGGGAGAGGAGCGGAGGAGGAUGAUGAUGGGUUGGAGAGGGAGUGGGAGUGGGAGUGGUCCCGCGUGAGGCAGAACCAGCGAGUCUCUGAGCUCAGGGCUGCUCCACAGGCGUUCCUCUUCAAGAGUGCUUCUGUUGGCGGCGCUGCUGCUGUGGUUAGCAGACCAGCAAGAGGUGCGGCAGCGGUAGAGGCAGACGCAGAGGAGGAGGUGGAGGGGGAGGAUGAGGAGGAGUGGGGGGAGAGUCCUGAGCAUGCAUCCAGGGCGCAUUCGCUACCGCGCGUGGGUGGGUCGGCGGAUCCGCGGCUUCUUGGGUUCGUGAAGUCGCAGUCUUUGUCCACUAGUGGCCGCCCGACCACUGCUGACUCAGCAGCGGUUACCAGACGAAGCCGGUACCUGAGAGGAGCAGAGGGGCAGCAGCAGCAGCAGCAGCAGCAGCAGCAGCAGCAGCAGCAGCAGCAGCAGCAGCAGCAGCAGCAGCAGCAGCAGCAGCAACAACAACAGAGGCCCCCGCCUUGGAGGCAACCCCAUGGGAUGAGCCGAGAACGUGAUCUGGGGGAGGGGCAGGGGCGGGCAGUGGGGCGAGACGCGGGGAGGGAUGGAGGAAGGGAGGUUGGGAGGGAGGGAGACCCAGGUGCAGCAGUGAGACAGGGAGUAGCACCAACAUCGCGCAGAAGAUCAAUGGAAGGGGAAGGAAUAGCAGGGAAUGAGGGUGGCGGGAAGGGCUUACCUGUGCGGACCCGUGUCGUGGAGCAUCUGCGAACAGAAGGGGGGGGAGGAGGGGGGAGCGGAAGGGGUAGGCACAGGAGAACAAGCUCUGACCCACAGAUAGGGGCAGCGGUGCUGGCACGGAGAGGACAGGGUGUGGGGAGGAGUGGGCUGGCUGCGAGUCGAGCAGGGGAGAGAGUAGGGGAGGGAGGCGGGCUUGGGAGAGAGAGUGGAGGGGGGUGGAGAGGGGUGGAGAGGGGUGGAGAGCGGCGAGGCCAGGACGGAAGAGCGAGAGUGGAGGGAUCAGUGGCAGUGGAAGCACGGGGUUGUGAGUUGAAGGGAGAAGAGACGGCUGCUCCUCAGGAGCCUGCUUUGGAAAGGGAGCUCACAUUCAGGCUCGACUGA